AUGCCAUUUCCGAUGAAGAUCCAGCCGAUUGAAUCCGAUUUUCCGGCGAUAAGAGACUCAGCUCGAGUGGAAUCAGGCAAACCGGUGCUCAAAUCUCGUCUCAAGCGUCUCUUAGAUCGUCCGUUCACAAAUGUCUUGAGAAGCUCUAAUAACUCGGAGAAAUCACUCAUCUCCGCUACCGGAGAAGCUCAAUACGGCAGAGAUGGAGCCUCCGAGUUCGAGCCGAGCUCCGUGGCUUUAGCGAAGAUGGUUCAAAACUAUAUGGAGGAAAACAACGAGAAGCAAACGAAGAACGGACGUAAUCGCUGCAAUUGUUUCAACGGGAACAACGAUGAUAGCUCCGACGACGAAUUCGACUUGUUCGGUUGCUCCGUCGAUUCGUUCAACGACGCUUAUGACCAUUUCAAGAGCUUGAUUCCAUGCGCGAGCGUCGUUGAGAAGAAUCUGUUAGCUGAAGUUGCGAAGAUUGUAGAGAAGAACAAAUCAACCAAACGGAAAGACGAUUUGAGGAAGAUCGUCGUUGAUGGACUCUCGUCUCUUGGUUACGAUUCCUCAAUCUGUAAAUCGAAAUGGGACAAAACUCGCUCUUAUCCGGCCGGCGAGUAUGAGUACAUAGAUGUGAUUGUUAACGGUGAAAGGAUUCUAAUUGAUGUGGAUUUUCGAUCGGAGUUCGAGAUCGCACGGCAGACGAAUGCUUACAAGGCGUUACUUCAAUCUCUGCCGUUCAUUUUCGUCGGGAAAUCUGAUAGGGUUCGUCAGAUUGUGACAAUGGUCUCAGAGGCGGUGAAACAGAGUUUGAAGAAGAAAGGGAUGCAUUUUCCUCCAUGGAGGAAAGCUGAUUACAUGCGUGCUAAAUGGCUGUCUUCAUACACCCGAAUCUCCGGCAACAGCGCCAAUGAGCCGGCGGUUGAUUCCGCCGCCGCCGUGGCACAAGCGAAGCUAGAUUGUGCAGAGAUUGAGCUGAGUUUCGAGGAGAAAUUUUUGUCUUCUUCCUCUCCUCUUCUGUCUGUUGCCAGAAAUGGUGGUGACAUGGCAAAACCGGUGGAGAGAGAAACGAAGGUCGUCGUCACGGGAUUAGCUUCACUGUUCAAAGAUAAUCCCUAA